GUUGUCUCUCUGCUCUAAGUCUUCUUGAUUCUCACUCUCUCGCCACUGAACUCUUGCUAAACGGUAUCGUUUUAGUCAGUCUUUCAUCAAUGGCGAAAGAACCAGUUCGCGUCCUCGUUACUGGAGCUGCAGGACAAAUCGGGUAUGCUCUUGUACCCAUGAUUGCUAGGGGAGUCAUGUUGGGUGCUGACCAGCCCGUGAUCCUUCACAUGCUUGAUAUCCCACCUGCUGCGGAGACUUUGAAUGGUGUCAAAAUGGAGUUGGUGGAUGCUGCUUUUCCUCUUCUAAAGGGUGUUGUUGCUACAACUGAUGUUGUUGAGGCAUGCACUGGAGUCAAUGUUGCUGUCAUGGUUGGUGGUUUCCCAAGGAAGGAAGGAAUGGAGAGGAAAGAUGUUAUGUCAAAGAAUGUGUCUAUUUACAAGUCUCAGGCUUCUGCCUUGGAACAGCAUGCAGCUCCUAACUGCAAGGUUUUGGUUGUUGCUAACCCUGCCAACACCAAUGCAUUGAUCCUGAAGGAAUUUGCACCUUCAAUCCCUGCAAAGAACAUUACCUGUUUGACAAGGCUGGAUCAUAACAGGGCACUAGGUCAAAUCUCAGAGAAACUAAAUGUCCAAGUUUCUGAUGUUAAGAAUGUGAUUAUUUGGGGUAAUCAUUCAUCAUCUCAAUAUCCUGAUGUCAACCAUGCAACUGUUAUGACUCCAUCUGGAGAAAAGCCGGUUCGCGAGCUUGUUAAGGAUGAUGCAUGGUUGAAUGGAGAAUUCAUAACCACUGUCCAACAACGUGGUGCUGCAAUCAUCAAAGCUAGGAAACUCUCAAGUGCACUAUCUGCUGCUAGUGCUGCUUGUGAUCACAUUCGUGAUUGGGUCCUUGGAACUCCCGAGGGUACAUGGGUUUCCAUGGGGGUUUACUCUGAUGGUUCAUACAAUGCACCAGCUGGGGUCAUCUAUUCUUUCCCUGUAACUUGUAAGAAUGGAGAAUGGACAAUUGUCCAAGGACUGGCAAUUGAUGAAUUCUCGAGGAAGAAGUUGGACUUGACCGGACAGGAGCUGACCGAGGAGAAGGAAUUGGCUUACUCAUGCCUCUCAUGAAUGCAUUCAUCAUUUCCAUAAUCUGUUUGGAAGAGGAGUGGUUUGCCUUAAUAGGAUUAGCUGCAGUUUUGAAUAAAAAACCGUUCUAGAUGAACUGUUAGUGAUUGGUAAGCGACGUCCUCUGAUCGAGAUCUUCAUUAUACUUGUCACUUGUUCAUGGAUAUUUUGGAUAUUUUACCGGUAAUCUCGGAUUUUAAGCUCCAAUUUUAAAUGGGAUAAUCGACACUGUUGGUGA